AUGGAUCUAUCGCGAAUAACACUGCGGCCAUUCAACCAAUCAGACGCCGAAGAUAUACUAUCAUGGAUCGGCGACGAUCGGGUGACGAAAUCCGACAGAAUGAAGACGCUAAAAUCGAAAGAGGAGGCCUUAUCUUUCAUCGGCCGAGAAAGCACGAACCUUUGGCGGCGAUCGAUAUGCAUCGAAGACCGUUCGAUCGGUAUGCUGACGGUGUAUCUGGGCUCCGACGACGAGGCAUGCCGCGGCGAGAUCGGGUACGCGUUGGCGGUUGAGUACUGGGGGAAAGGGAUAACUACUCGAGCAGUCGAAAUGGCUGUACCGAAGGUGUUCGAUGAAUUUCCCCAGAUAGUGAGGCUGCAGGGUAUGACUAACGUGGAGAACAAGGGCUCGCGGAGAGUGCUGGAGAAAGCUGGGUUUAAGAUGGAUGGUUUGAUGAGAAAAUACUUUUAUCUCAAAGGCCAGAUUCAAGAUGUUGUUUACAGUGUCUUGUCUCCUGAUUCUGAUUGA